AUGAUGAUGGCGAUGUUCAAGGCAGUGUGUAUGGUGUCUCUGGUGACCCUCUUAGCUAAGGGUACCCACUCACAGUUAGAUGUGUGUGGUCAGCCCCCCCUCAACACCAGGAUAGUGGGAGGUCAGGAUGCUCCUCCUGGUGCCUGGCCCUGGCAGGUCAGCUUGCACAAAUCUGGCGGCCAUUUGUGUGGUGGCUCCUUAAUCAACAAAGACUGGGUGCUGUCAGCGGCUCAUUGCGUUCCAGGCGUUUCAGCUUCAGAAGUCACCGUCUACUUGGGUCGUCAGACUCAGGAGGGAUCCAACUCAAAUGAGGUGUCCAGAGCAGUCUCUCAGAUCAUCAGUCACCCUGACUAUAACAGCACCACCUUUGACAAUGACAUUGCUCUGCUCCGUCUCAGCGCAUCUGUAACUUUCACUGACUUUAUCAGACCAGUUUGUCUGGCUGCAUCAAACAGCACCUUCUACAAUGGCACUGACAGCUGGGUCACGGGUUGGGGAGACAAUGCAACAGAUGUCCCCCUUCCCUCACCUCAGACUUUGCAGGAGGUGGAAGUGCCAAUAGUGGGAAACAGGAAAUGUAGCUGUCUGUAUCGUGGUAGGUACCAGAUUACCGACAACAUGAUCUGCGCUGGAUUAUUAGCAGGAGGGAAGGAUUCCUGUCAGGGAGACUCAGGAGGACCAAUGGUGAGCAAACAGGGCUCUCGCUGGAUCCAGUCAGGUGUUGUGAGCUUUGGGGAAGGCUGUGCCCUACCUAACUUCCCUGGAGUGUACGCCAGAGUGUCCAGGUACGAAGAUUGGAUCAACUCUCAAAUCACCACUGACCAGCCUGGCUUUGUCACGUUUACCUCCACUGGAACUGAUGGUGACCUGUCUGUGAGCUGCAACGUCACCACUCCCACUCCUACCAAUACCACUACUCCUACGACUCCCACUACCACCGCUACACCCCAUAACGCCACCACUCCCACUCCUACCAAUACUACUACUCCUACAACUCCCACCGUCUGUGGUAGAGCCCCUAAGAACACUCGUGUUGGGGGCAGCAGCUCUCUGGCAACUGCAGGCUUGUGGCCAUGGUUGGCCAGUCUCCACCAAGGAGGCAGACACGUAUGUGGAGGUACACUGGUCGCCGAGCGGUUCGUCCUGAGCUCUGCUGACUGUUUCUCCAGCUCCACCAAUGCUUCAGAAUGGACCGUGUACCUUGGACGUCUCAAUCAAAAUGGUUCCAACCCGAAUGAAGACAUGCUUGCAGUUAACAACAUCACACUGAGUAACCUGACAGGCAACAACGUGGCUGUUCUGGAGCUGGCCAGAACACCCAGAUUCUCAGACUACAUACAGCCCAUCUGUGUCAACCUGGGAGAUGUGACCUUCUCCGCAGGAACACGGUGCUGGGUUGCAGGCUGGGGCUCAGGACAAGGAGGAGCCUCACAAACUCUCCAGGAGAACCAGACCAGCGUGGUCAGCUGUGGGAAUUCAUCCUCUUCUGACAGCAUCUGCACUCUUCCUGUGAAUUUACAGCAGGGUGAUGAUGGGGGCCCUCUGAUGUGUAAGCAGGGUCUGGCAUGGUUCCAGGCUGCAGUUUUGACUGUCACUAACAGCACCUCAAACAGCAGCAGUAGCAGUGGCAGUACAAGCCGCGCAGACAUUGCUCUUCGUGCAGAUAUGCAGGUCUUUACAUCAACCUCUCGCUACAGCAGCUUCCUGCGUUCCACUGUUGGGACCUUCCUUUCACCAUUCACCAACACCACCAACACCACCAACAGCACCACCAACGCAACAGCCGCGACCACAGUUGUAACAACUAGCUCAGCAUCUGGUACAUCUUUCCCCCUUUCUCUCACUAUCUUCUUCCUUCUCUCACUUUCUCCUUUCCUCCAAACCGUUUUCUAA